AUGGCUUCACUGUACCAGCGGUUCAGCGGGAAGAUCAACACCUCCCGCUCUUUCCCCGUUCCCCCUGAAGCGAGUCACCUCCUGGGCGCACAGAGCAGCGAGGAGGACGGCGCUGCCGGCAAGACCUCGCGUCCAUUGCAACAGGAAAGCAGCCGGCCCCGCUUCCAGUACCAGUCGCGAAGUGACUGCGAGGAGGAGGAUGAGCUGGUGGGGAGUAAUCCUCCUCAAAGAAACUGGAAAGGAAUUGCAAUUGCCUUACUUGUUAUUCUCGUUAUCUGCUCCCUGAUUGUCACCUCUGUUAUUCUCCUGACACCAGUUGAAGAUAAUAGCUUGUCUCAGAAGAAGAAGAUAACAGUGGAAGAUCUCUUCAGUGAUGAUUUCAAAAUUCAUGACCCGGAGGCUAAAUGGAUAACUGAUAAUGAAUUCAUUUAUAGAAACCAGAAUGGCACAGUGAUUCUGAGGAAUGUCGAAACUAACAAUUCAACAAUAUUAAUAGAAAACAGAAAAAUUGUCUCUUUAAAGGCCAUUCGAUAUGAAGUAUCACCUGAUCGGGAAUACGCACUUUUUGCUUUUAAUGUUGAACCAGUGUAUCAACAUUCAUAUACGGCAUAUUAUGUCCUCAGCAAAAUACCUCAUGGGGAUCCCCAGAAUUUGUAUCCCCCUGAGGUCAGCAAUGCAAAGCUUCAGUAUGCUGGUUGGGGUCCAAAAGGGCAACAGCUGAUAUUUAUCUUUGAGAAUAACAUCUAUUACUGUGCCCAUGUGGGGAAACAAGCCAUCCGAGUGGUCUCCACAGGAAAGGAAGGUGUUAUUUUCAAUGGGCUCAGCGACUGGCUGUACGAAGAGGAGAUCUUAAAGACUCACAUUGCUCACUGGUGGUCUCCUGAUGGCACCAGGUUAGCAUAUGCAACAAUUAAUGCCUCCAGAGUCCCCACUAUGGAGAUCCCGGUAUACACUGGCAGCCUUUACCCUACUGUUAAAACGUAUCAUUAUCCAAAGGUGGGAAUGGAAAAUCCAACUAUUUCUUUGCAUGUGAUUGGUCUGAACGGACCUACCCAUGACCUGGAGAUGACUCCCCCAGAUGAUCAGAGAAUGAGGGACUACUACAUAACUAUGGUGAAAUGGGCAACCAGCACCAAGGUGGCAGUAAACUGGCUGAACAGGGCCCAGAACGUGUCCAUCCUGACACUAUGUGAUGCCACCACAGGAGUCUGCACAAAGAAACAUGAAGAUGAAAGUGAAGGCUGGCUGCACAGACAGAAUGAAGAGCCAAUCUUUUCCAAGGAUGGUCGGAAGUUUUUCUUUGUCCGAGCCAUUCCCCAGGGAGGACGAGGGAAGUUCUACCAUAUCGCCAUGUCAUCAUCACAGCCAAAUAGUAGCAGUGACAACUUACAGUCUAUUACAUCUGGAGAUUGGGAUGUGACAAAGAUAUUGGCAUAUGAUGAAAAGAGGCAUAAAAUUUAUUUCCACAGCACAGAAGAUUUGCCAAGGAGGCGACACUUAUACAGUGCAAGCACAAAUGGGAACUUCAACAGGCGGUGUCUGUCUUGUGACCUGAUUGAAAACUGUACUUAUUUCAGUGCAUCCUUCAGUCACAACCUGAAAUACUUCCUACUGACAUGUGAAGGUCCCCGAGUACCGAUGGUGACUGUUCACAGCACAGCCAAUGCACAGAAAAUUUUUGAGCUGGAGGUAAAUGAAAAUGUGCAGCUGGCUGUAAAUGACAGGCAAAUGCCUAAGGUAGAGUACAUGGAAAUCAAGAUGGAUGACUACAGAUUACCAAUGCAGAUCUUAAAGCCAGCCACCUUUUCGGACACCGCGCACUACCCCUUGCUUCUGGUUGUGGACGGGACACCAGGCAGCCAGAUCGUAACAGAGAGAUUUGAGGUGACGUGGGAAAGUGUCAUGGUCAGCUCUCACAACGCCAUCGUGCUGAAGUUUGACGGCCGCGGAAGUGGCUUCCAAGGCACUAAGCUAUUGCAUGAGGUUAAGAGGAGGCUGGGCUUUUUGCAAGAGAAGGAUCAGUUGGAAGCUGUCCGGAUAAUGCUGAAGGAGCAUUACAUUGAUAAAUUGAGAGUCGGUGUGUUUGGGAAGGAUUACGGUGGCUACCUGAGUACUUACAUGCUUCCAGCUGGUGAAGAGAACCAGGUGUUUGCCUGUGGAGCUGCUCUCUCCCCGCUGACAGACUUCAGACUAUAUGCUUCAGCCUUCUCUGAAAGAUACUUGGGCUUGCAUGGGAUUGAUAACAGAGCAUAUGAGAUCAGCAAAUUGGCACACAGAGUCUCAUUACUGAAGGAACAGACAUUUUUGAUCAUUCAUGCUACUGCUGAUGAAAAAAUCCAUUUUCAGCAUACUGCAGACCUUAUCACACACCUUAUUAGGGCAAAGGCUAAUUACAGCUUGCAGAUUUACCCUGAUGAAAGCCAUUACUUUAGCAAUGCAGCAUUGGAGCAGCAUUUGUACAACUCCAUUGUCAACUUCUUUGUGGCGUGUUUCCAAGUUCAGGACAAACUCCCACUAGCCCCACUGAAAGAGGAGGAGGAUGACGAUUAACCUUACUUGUCCGUGCUAAGCACAAGGCAGAUCUCUCUAACAAUAUGCAAUUGGAUCAUUUUCCUGAAGAAAGAGAUGUUACGUUGUUAGCAUGUAUUUAAAAAAACUGAAAGCAGCUCAUCUGCUUUACUUGACAGCAACUCCUUCCUAAAUGGAAGAACAUUAAGCAUGGUGAACUCAGCAGAAACUGCUGUCUGAAAUUAAACCAUCACAACCAACAUCACCUUUUUAUUUGUUUGGGGUUUUUUUGUUUUCCUUUAUUUUCUUUCUCUUUUUUGAUGUUUGCCACAAGGUGAGUUCUAGUGUGUAAGUGGUAAGACACUGAACUUGAAGGAACACCCCAAGAAACCUCUUUGAGGACUGGAAGACUUAAUGUCUCUUUGCAUUCAAGCAAUCAAGCAGUAGCAGUGAAAUCCAUCAUCCACAUUAAGGUUACUACAAUUAGUAUCACAUUGUGUCAGAAAACAAAUCUAACCUAAUACAUGGAAAAGAUUAUAGCACAAUUAUUUUAAAAGAUACUGAUUCAUACACACUCUCCUGCUCUUUCCCUUAUUCAGAAGGUUUGUCAUUGCUACGGGACAUACAAAUUCAAUUGUAUGAAAUAUCAUUACAGUUACACUCAUCUUUACCUUCCUGUGAUCAUUUCUAAAGUUCAUAUAGCUUUCAGUUCUGUUGUCGUUCUGUGUCAUGCUUACCUUAUUAGCUUCUCAGCUUGUUCUGUAUGGGGAAAAAUAACUUACACUGAAUUAACCAAGUAACUUUAUACCUGAGGGGUCUAAGGAGGCAAUAGAGGGUCGAGGUACCCAGACAUUAAAAACUCUAUUAGAAUAAAGCAAAGGAAAUCGCACUCUCAUAUUCUCAGCAUAGCCUUUGCUUGCAAGAUUAUUUUCUUUGGCAGCCUUGAAAAAUAUGCACAUAAAUAAGCUAGAUCAGCUUACCAGUGAGAUAUUUUUAUUGUACUAUAGAAAAACAGGCAAUGGUCACGAUUAUUCUUUUUCUUCUAUUAGUGUUGGAACAAUUGGUUGGCAACCUGUGGGGAACAGCUAGAUGAGGCUAUAGUAGCAGGAACUUAUACCAGAUACUUCACAGAUCAUCUCAUAAAAGCUGUUUAAACAGAAUCAGUGCGCAGAGAUUUAUUGCAUAUGCUGUCAGUAGCUUUGU